GGCUCGAGCCUCUCAAUGCAAAGGCUUCGUUACCCUCUUCCACUCGUUGCAUCAGCUGUAGUCACGGCGCCUUAAGCCAAGCAACGCUGUUUGCUUCCUUCAUCCUCUUUCUAGUUCUCUUUCAACUGCCCUCGUCGAUUGACGUUGAUCCGCAAAAUGAUUCCCAAGAAGGCUUCCUAUGGUAAAUGAAUGCCCGAGAUAAACUUCCCAGACUUUCCCCUCCCAUUCUUUGCGGCACAAGAUCAAUGUUAACGUGCUCAAAAGUGACACUUGAUGUCUUCACAACAAAAAGGUGAUGCCAAUAACCACAACACUAUAGCUGCCCUAAGCUUUGAACCUAGAUUACUGACUUUCUUGUUUCCGUCAGGUACAAGGGAAACCAAGUGGCUGUUGUCCAAGUUCAAGAUGAUGCGCUACCGCCUGCAGACAUGCAGAUGAUUGCACGCGAAUUCAACUUCUCCGAAACCGUCUUUUUGCGCCGAAACACGGAUGGAGCAGUGGCCAUCAACAUCUUUACUCCUGUGAACGAGAUGGAUUUUGCAGGCCAUCCUGUCAUCGGCACUGGCCAUGUGCUAUUUCGACAACUACUUCCUAGUCUCGCUGUGCACUCCUCAGAGGCCACCCUUUGGACAAACGCUGGGCCAGUUGUUGUGCGUUAUGAUCCGUCGCGAGAAACUGUGGCAGCCGACGUGCCGCAUAACGUCCACAUUCAUUCCCGCCAUACUAGUACACAAAGCAUUCUCGACACCCAACCGAGCUUGAAGACCCAGGGAUUGUCAACUGAACAGAGCUAUCCAUGCGUGUCUAUUGUUAAGGGCGUCACCUACACCUUGGUCGACUUUACCAAUCAGCCCAGCCUGUUCACCGCCAUCUCCGCAGGCCCCAGUCAGCUUACAGAGCUUGACGAGGGAUGGGCACCCUCUUUCACAGGAGUGAUGUACUAUAGAGUGCUGUCGGAUCCUUAUGACGAGAGUGGCAAGAAGGUCCAACAUCUCAGAAUUCGUAUGAUUGCAAUCGGUCUCGAGGACCCCGCCUGCGGAAGCGGUUCAUGUGCUCUGGGCGCAUAUCUCGCGCUUCAGCAGGGGGAUUCGGGCGGUAUGUAUAGAUUCUAUCUUGAUCAGGGACAGGAGAUUGGCCGUGACAGCAGUAUCAUUGUCGACAUUGUACUGGAUGAGACUGGAGACAAAGUUACAAAUAUAUCCCUCUCAGGGUCUGCAACUCCAGUAACUGAGGGCACGAUAUUGCUGCCCGAAUAGAGCGGUCUGGAGGUCUAUCUCGGGAUUUUGCCAUGCCGUGGCCGCUUUAUUAAGAUUCGAGUUGUGAUUUUUUGAUACAAUAUUGUACAGUUAUAAGCAGCGACAGCUUUUUAAUUCUCAACAUGUUGUAUGCUCGA